UUUAGUAAUGAAAAACUAGAAACCUUUGGUUAGAGCGUACUAAAGCAAGUCUAGUUUUAAGUUCUGUGCACGAUGAAAAUAACAACCAGCAAAUACGAAUAUCACAAAACAGAAGUCGUUUAAUUGUAUUCAGAGGAAAUGUCACCAAAAGAAGUUUGGUUAUUCAAUAGAUUGUGCGGAGGUCCGAAUUCUGUAGAAAAUGACAAUAAAUAUUGUAAAAUUUGUUGUUUGAAAUAAACCGCCUUUGUUUUGAAGUGAUCGUUUUAAAUUAAUUUCGACCAACUUCUAUACUACGCAUUAUUCGCAACAUAUGAUCGCGAAGCCGGGUAUCAGUUUUUAAGCAUAUGGAUUAGAUUAGUUUUGUCUGUUAGUAGCUAGUGUUUUUUUCGCUGGUGCGUGUGAAUUUUAUCGUUUUUGCAAAACAAAAAAGUUUCGGGCGAGUACUUGCUAGGAGAAUGAGAAACAUCGAAAUUAAAGCUAAGGUUGGAGACAUGGUCCGCCUGAUUGAAAAAGCGAAAAAGCUAGCGGGAUCGGAGGGAACUCUGAUCAAACAGCACGAUACGUUUUACAAUGCGCCGAACGGCAGACUUAAACUUCGGAGAAUGGAACAAGGUGCGGAAAUAAUUUAUUACCAUCGGCCGGAUGUAGAAGGGCCCAAGUUGAGUUCUUACGAAAAAUCCGCGGUGGCUAGUGAAAAUGUCGAAAGCCUUCACAGGGUGUUAGACAAGGCUUUGGGUUCAAAGGUCCAUGUUAAGAAAACCAGAUAUUUGUAUAUCGUAGGUCAGACGAGGGUUCACAUUGACCACGUGGAAGGGCUUGGAGAUUUUAUGGAAUUAGAGUGUAUGUUGAAUGAUGACCAAUCUCUUGAUGAUGGUCAAAAGAUUGUUCAGAAUAUUAUGAACAGCUUGGGGAUCGCUGAAUCAGAUCUAUUGAGUGGUGCCUAUGCAGAUAUGCUUCAAAAUCCUGUUCAGUAAUUUUUUUACCUUUAAUUUUUUUUUAUUAAAAAAGUUAUAUCCAGGUGAUUGUAUAUUUUUACAUAUUGGUCCACCCAAUAGAAAAGACCCGGAUUAAAUAUUACAAUAU